AUGGAGGAUGAUGUGAAUAGACUGUUAGACGAACUGAAGGAUUAUAUGAACAUGAAGGAACGGGGGACAAAUAUACCGCAAAUAUGUGGAAGUUUACAGCACAAAACGGAUAAUAACAAAACAGAUCAAAUGAAAAGAAUAUGCAAAAGAUUAGUAAAAAUAAUCUAUUGGAUGGAAGGAAGGAACAGGAAUGAUAAAGACUGGAAAUACGAAAAAGGGAAAAAGGAGGAUGGGUGGAGGCAGUACCUAAAGUGUAUAAUAGGGAAUAGAGUUAUAUUAAGAAUUUUAGGGAAUAAGUGUGGAGCUCAGAAAAUUAUAGAUGUCAUAGCAAGUUCGAUGGAAGGAAAAGCAGCAAAGUUUCCGAAGAAGGAUGCUGGGAUGGAAUGCGCCUGGGUUAAAACGACAGAUAUAACAAGUGAAGAAGGGUUAAUCAGAGAAACAGUAGAAAAUUGGUUAAAGAAAGAAAAAAAGAAGGACGGUGGUAUUACCGAGCUGACGGAAGUAAUGGCAUGGAUGGAGUGUACAGAAGAGGAGAAAAGAAAGGAGGAAGAGCAACAAAAUGGAGAUUGCUCUAAUGGAAGAAUUAUAGACCUAUUGAAAGGAGGUCGAUCAAAGGAAUUACGGAAAUUAGUCAAUAUAGACCCUCCAGAUGAGAAACCGGCACCAUCAAGGGAUCCUCCGAAGUUCGCACCUGCAGCAGCAGAACCUGGCACGGAGGGAACUCACUCAACUAAACCAGGUAAGAAGGAUGAUGAGGAAAGUGCAUGUAAGGAUAGUGCUGAGAAAACUAAUACUCAGGGUGGUCCCAGUAGUGUCCAUAUAACUGCAGGGUGUACAUCUGCCAAAUCCUUAGGAGCAAAGACGGGUCUUAAUGAUAAGGAUGAGGAGAACGAACUCAUCCAGAGAAUAUUGAAAAAUUAUGGAACUGCAGUAACACUGGAAAAUCCUGAUAACACUGUUCUCACAACUUCAGGUACAGGUAUAACAACUGAUCCAACUCAAAAUCCAGGUUCCUCCGGCCCUGGUGCUCAGCAACCCCAGGCACCUCAUUCUCCAGCUAUACAACCUUCCGUAGAACCUACUCAACCUACUCCUCAAGUGACGCCAGGUACCCCUGGAGUAUCUGGUCCUGGUAGUACUGGACACCAGUCUCCUGGUUCCUCCGGACCAGGUUCCACAGGAACUUGGAAACCUGGUUCCUCUGGUCCUGGUAGUACUGGAACGUGGAACCCAGGUUCUUCGGGUACCGGCAGUACGGGAACCUGGAAUCCAGGUUCUUCCGGUACCGGCUCUAAGGGAGACGCAGGUCCACCACCACCGGGCAAACCACAGGGACCACCACAACAAGGUGGUAAUAAACCACAAGGUUCAGCACCUCCAAGCAAACCACAAACAGGAUCAGCAUCAGGAGCAUCAACAAGAGCAAUAUCAACACCAGCAACAAAAACAAUAACAACAACAAGAGUAUCACUACCUACAGCUGUUCCAUUUGUUAACAAAAUCGACCCUUCUGAUCGCCUUACCCCAUACCUUCCUACCAUUCCUGUUCUAAUUGGUACUUCUGUUAUGAGUUAUCUCCUCUGGAAGUAUUUUUUCCUUGAUAAAAAAAGAAAACGUUACAGAAGAGUUCCUCAAGUAUCUGGUCUUCGUUCUUUAGAAGAACAACUCCUUGAUCGUGUGGACGAUCAGGAUGAUGGUCCACAUGAAUAUACCUUAGUAAAGGAAUGCAGACAACCAAGAUCUCUUCCAACGGGAAGAACGAAGAGGCCCAAAAAACAGGGCGUUUAUCGCCCUGUGGGUCGCCGUGGUGUCGGUCACCGUACGAUUAUUGAUAUUCAUUUAGAAGUCUUAGACGAAUGUCAAAAAGGGGACCUGCAUUCGAAGAAGAAAGACUUUUUUGAAAUUUUGGUUCAAGAAUUCAUGGGAAGCGAAUUUAUAAAAGAAGAAAAUGUUCCAAAGGAAGAGGUUCCUGGGGUUAAUGUCCCUACGGAACAGGUUCCAAGUUCAGAUUCCGGGUUUAGGGUUAAUGUUCUUACGGAACAGGUUCCAAGUCCAGAUUCCUGUUUCAAGGAGGAAGACUUUGUUCCUAAGGAGCAGUUUCCAAGUUAA